UUUGUGAUGGAUCGCAUGUCAUUUAUGAAGAGGGCACAGCUCAAAGCGGCCGAGGAGCUGAAGGCCCAACAGCCUGGUGCCUCCCUGCGUCCAAGCCCCCGGUGCAGCCGAAGAAGAAACGGCAGGCCGAUGAGGGCCAAAAAAAGUUGACCGAGGUGGGAAUGAAGCCUCCCAAGAAGUCAAAGAGGGCUUCCUCUGCCGGUGAUGCUGGGACAUCGGUUGUUCCUUCUGGGGACGGAGGGGGUUCAAACCCUGAUGCUUUGGUGGACCACCCUUCGGGCCCUUCGUCCACCACUCUCUCCACUGUUCCUGCUACUGUAACGGCCGCCCGUAAGAAAGGGUCCGACCGAGAGCUGGUCAAAGGGACCUACAAGCUCGAGGCCGAGUACCCCGCCAAAGGGGGGCUGUUCAACGAAAUCAUUGACGGCCACGAGGUGAUUUCUCAGGCUAUCCCUGACGAAGACCGGGCUUAUCUGAAGAAGCUCGGUCAUGUGAAGAUGUACGAUGGUGGGAUGGACCACAUCGUCCAAGGUGCCUUCAUGUUGAUGGAAAGCAACAGGAGGCAAGAAAAAGAGAUUGCC